CUGAAGUAACAUAACCUAGAAAAAAUGUUUUUAUUUUGAUUGUGAUUAUCUUAGAUUCACCUACCAAUAUAAAACUAUAAGGUUUAUCGCUUCCUAAGUUGCUUGACGAAAUGUCUGAGGAACCAAUAACUUUCAAACGAAUCAAGAAAAAGCCUAGAAGACAACCGCUUUCAAUUGAUGAUGAUGAUGAGGACAACUUAGAAGAAGUAAGUUCAAAGUUGAGUGAGAUGAGAGAAUUACAAGAAUUACGAAAAAAACCUCAUGGUGUUAGUGUUAUUGGUCUAGCUCUUGGAAAAAAAGUAACCGUAGAGGAAGAAGUGAUCCAUAAAGAUCCAUUCAAAAUUCAAACAGGAGGACUGUUAAAUAUGAAUACGCUGAAAAGUGGAAAAAUAAAGCAAGUUGAUGAUGCUUACGACACAGGAAUUGGAACUCAGUUUUCUGUAGAAACUAAUAAAAGAGAUGAAGACGAGGAAAUGAUGAAGUUCAUUGAAGAAAAGUUGAAUAAAAGUAAAAAACCCACGGAGCAAAUCAAGGAAAAUACGCAAAAUACUAAUAAAUAUACUACCCCGGAAGAAGCUGCUUUGCAAGCAGUACCAACACAUUUACGGGAAUCCACUGCCAAGAAAUCUGAAGAGAUGUUAUCUAAUCAGAUGCUAUGUGGUAUUCCUGAAAUCGAUUUGGGAAUUGAAGCUAAAAUUAAGAAUAUAGAAGCCACAGAAGAGGCAAAGUUGAGGUUGUUAAGGGAGAAUCAGAAUAAAAACGAUGGGCCAUCACAAUUUGUUCCAACAAAUAUCGCUGUGAAUUUUGUACAACAUAAUAAAUGUAAGUUUUUAUUAAAUUCAUCUAGAUUCAAAUAUGAAUAUGAAUUUAUUACAGCAAAUGCAGAACAGAAGACUGCUUUAAUCAAACCAAGAAAGGAAAAACCCCAAACAGAUGAACCAGACAGCAAGAAGCCCAAAAAAGAAGAAAAAGCUACAGAUGAUUAUCAUUUCGAAAGAUUCAAGAAACAAUUCAGAAGACACUGAAACAGGAGUGAAAAGUUGGAAGGAACUAAACCGAAAUAAGAAAAUGGUAAUUUUCAUAAUUAUAUUAAAAAGUCAAUUUAAAAUAUAUAACAUCAAAGUA